AUGAAAUAAUAAAAAGAAAAAGCCACAAAUGAAAAUAGUUUGAUUUUGAUGAAAUUAAAAGAAUUAGAAAUAUAAUAAAUAGGGAAUAAUGAAAAUUUAUAGAGACUUAAAAUUGAAGAAAAAGAAGCUGAAAAAGAAAUUAAAAUACUUUAAUGUGGAGACUAUUACAUGAAAUUAAUUUAAGAAAUUGAUGAAAAAAUUAUAUAAUAAGACUAUUCAUAGAAAUUAAUAGAGUUAGAUAUAAAAAAUGGUCUAUGUAAUGAUAUUGAUGUUUAUAUUGAUGAAUUGGAAAAAACUUUAAUUAAUUAUCAUAAAGAGAAAAUGCUUUAAAUUAAUAAAACUAUUAUUUCUACAUGGAGAAAAAUUUAUUAAGGUAAUGAUAUAUCUAAAAUUGAAAUAAAAGCCGAAGAAGUUGGAGAAAAUUAAGCAGGAAGAAAAUCAUUUAACUAUAGAAUCGUUAUGUAUAUAAUAGGUAAAAACUAGGAUGAUUUGAAAGAAAUAGAUAUGAAAGGAAGAUGUAGUUCAGGUUAAAAAGUACUUGCAUGUAUUAUAAUAAGAUUAGCUUUAGCAGAAGCAUUUACUAUUAAUUGUGGAAUAUUAGCUUUAGAUGAACCUACUACUAAUUUAGAUUAAGAACAUACUAUAAAAUUAGCUUAAUCUCUUAGUGAUUUAAUUGAAAGCAGAAAAGGCUAAGAAUCGUUUUAAUUAAUUAUUAUUUCACAUGAUAAUAAUUUUAUUAAAUUAAUGCAGUAAAAUACUGAGUGUAGUGAAUAUUAUUAUGUUUAUAAAGAAAAUGGAUGUUCUAAAAUUACAAGAAGAAAAUAUAACAAUGCUCUUAUGAAUAGAGAAUUAGAUUGA